CAUAUAAAAAGAAGAUGAAGUAGCCAAACCAGACUGACUGACUGUCAGAAAGCAGUCAGCAUAAUAGAGAGCAUUCAGGUAUUCAGCAUUGAAGCUGACUGCACUGUGGGCUGUUAUCUAUUUGUUCUAUACAGCACAACACAUUUAUCUCAGCCAGAAGGGUUCGAAGACCAUGCUGUCUAUGCGAGAGUUCUGGAAUAUUGUCUCCAUAUCACUUUGUGUCCAAGCACAGAUAUCACAGCAAUUAUCAGAUACCGGCCAUACGUGGAACUAUGAUGAUGGAGAAAAUGACUGGUCCAAAAAUUAUCCAUUUUGUGGAGGAACACAUCAAUCACCUAUUGACAUCUACUCAAAUAUUAAAUAUGAUGCUGCUUUAACACCAAUUCAGGUUGUUGGUUAUGAUAGUCCAGGCAUAGAUCACUUCACAUUGUCCAAUGAUGGGCAUUCUGUAAAAGUGAGCCUACCUGCCACUAUGUACAUAAGCAGUUUGAAGCAUAAAUAUACAGCAGUGCAACUCCAUCUGCACUGGGGAGAUCAGAAGAGGCCACAAGGCUCAGAACAUACCUUCAAUGACAGACGAUUUGCAGCUGAGCUACAUAUUCUACAUUAUAACUCUGACAAAUAUGUUGACUCACAGACGGCAACUGCUAAAGAAGAUGGUCUGGCUGUGCUUGGAAUUCUGUUAGAGGUUGGUUCUUUUAACCCCACCUUUGAGAAUAUUCAGAAAUACCUUAGCCAGGUUGCUUAUAAAGAUCAAGAGGUACAGAUUCCAGCUUUCAGUAUUCGGAAUCUGCUUCCAGUGACUUUAAAUGAAUACUACCGCUACAAUGGAUCCCUCACUACUCCCCCAUGUUACCCCUCUGUACUCUGGACAGUUUUCCGACAACCAGUGAAGAUCUCACAAGAGCAGCUUUUUUCCUUGGAGACAGCAUUGUUUUCUUCUAAUGUGGGUGACAGUAUUCCACAGCCAAUGGUCAACAAUUUCCGACAAAAACAGGAACGUGCAAAAAGAGAACUACUGGCAUCUUUCAAAGAAGAUUUUACAUUUCCAAUUGCCAUAGCCUUUAUCUUGGGGAUCUUUGUCAUUGUGGCAAUAAUCAUCUAUAUUAUUAGAAAAAGAAGAGCAAGACAACAAAGUGAAAGCAGAAAAAGGGUCAUGUAUGCCGCAGCACAAAAAGCAGAAGGGACGUCUUCCAUUGAAAUCUAACCCAUUUGCUGCAGUGAGGGCUGCAGUGGUUUUCCAGUGAUCAGUGGAUGCACAGCACCAGUGUUUAAGACAAACACCAUGGAUAAGAACAAGAAAUAAUACUUGAAUGUAGCUGUAUGUAGUUAUCUGGUACACAAUGAAACACUGAGGUGGUAGUUUACAUCAUUUUGUAAUGUUGGAAUGCUAUAUAUUUUCUUUUGAAGUCAGCUUGCAUAAGUAGAACACAUUUUUCAGACAUGAAUGAAGAAAACAAAUUUCUUCUUUUUCACGGACUUGUUCAAAGAUAAAAAAAAGUCACAGAAAAACAAGCAGUGAAAAUUGUUCAGCAAGUUCUGUAAAAAGAACACUCAAAGGCAGGAUUUUACACUUUGGCAAAGUUGCUCAAUGUAGCAUAAAUAAAGCAGUAUACGAAUUAGACAAUAUUACAAAAGCCCUUAGUCAGACUUCAUAUGUUAAAGUUAUUUUUUUAACAUUCGACUGAUGCAGAAUUCAGAGUACCAAAAAUACUUUUGGUCUUCCUGCUGUACUGUGAGAAUUAAAAAAAAUCAGAAGUCCUGUCUUAAAGGACUUCACUUGAGAGUUUAGUAUUGAUCAUUUUGUCAAUAUGUUUGCUGCAAUGUGUAAACUCUGAUCAUGUAUUUAUAUUAUUUUUUUACAGAAAGUCAAAAUUAAUGUAUUUAUCUUCAGACAUGGAGGCUCUUCUACACGGAGUGAUUAAACUUGGUGAUUAAUUGCCUAAAUGAAUGAUUAUACUUUGAUGUAAAUAAAUAGUCUGAGUAAUGUUUACAGAAGCGUGCUGUGAAACACCUGUUAUUGUUCACGAAAUCACUUUUCGAGGUCUAAGGUUUCAGUGGAAAAAGAACCUGUUGAAUUGUGCUAAUAGCUGAAGUGAGGUGCCCUAGGGCUGCAAUGAAUUUCAGAUACUAUAGAUGGUUUUCAUAAGCAUUACACUUACGCAUGAAGGCAAUCUACUCUGCCCGCAUCAAAGCACAGCCUUAGGAUUCAUAGAGGCCAGUUGCAGUAAUGAGGGGGUAUCCUUGAAUGAACAUAUGAAAAUGAAGGAGUAAUAAAAUAAAAAAUGAGAAAUGAUGUAGAAGUCCUUUUGCUAAUUAGUCCUCUUCCCACCUGUUUGCUAUUCAUAGUCAUCUUCUGAUGCGUUUCUGCAUUGUUUAUAAAUGUGCUAUAAAA